AUCUCCUCAUGACAAUCUUAUGACAAUGACAAAGUUGAGAUUUGCUGAUUAAUCCCUACCUACUUACUAGGUACCUACCAUCUUAAAAACGACAGGGGAAGCUGUAAAAGCUUUGGAUUAAGGUUAUAUAGCUAUUUAUUAUCCACUAACCAUAUUUUUUUUACUUUCUCAUGAACAUUUAUAUAUCAAGACCCGAUGCCAUCUUGCACCCCGAGUAUAUCUUUCAACCAGAGGGAAUGAGUGUGUACAACAAUAUACUCAUCCAACCUACCGACCUGUAUGAAUUCAUCCGUCUGAACAAUGAAUUGAUAUAGCUAUCAUCUUUUCAAGAUCUUGAUACCACAAUCGCAACUUCACAUCCCCUCCUAUUUCUCACAAACAAUUCAUUGAUUCACUCCUCUCCUCUCCUCUCCAAUCAACGACAACACUUCAUACUCAUCUCAUCAUGUCCUCCAUCCAAGAACUCGAUUUCGAGAAACUUCCCAUCUCGCCUUCGGAACUCUCACAUGCUCCAACCGAAUUUGACAAGGAAUUCGCACCCAUCGUAAUCUCACCUCCAGAUACACCCGUUCCGACAUGGGACAAGAAACUAAGUCGAUCCAUUUCACUAGCACGAAGGCGUUCUUCCAACGGAUAUGGUUGCGACGAUCCGGACAAUCCUGCAGGGGAUUUCGAAGGAGAAGGAGAUGAGAGAGAUCCUUUCGAGGUGAAGUUUGAUGGUGGUGAUAGUGAUCCCAUGUGUCCGAGAAGUAUGGCUCAUGGGAGAAAGUGGUUGGUGGUUAUUAUCGUUAGCGCAAGUUCUUUUUGUGUUACAUGUGCAUCAUCAAUGUAUACCAGUACAUACACCCAGAUAGAGGAGGAAUUCAAUUGCUCUCGAGAAGUCGCUACCCUUGGACUUUCUAUGUUUAUCCUUGGACUUGGUCUGGGACCCAUGUUGCUCGGACCUCUUUCUGAAUUCUACGGUCGUCGUCCGAUAUAUCUUUGCUCCUUUUCUUUCUUCUUAAUAUGGCUUAUUCCUUCGGCUGUGGCGCAAAAUAUUCAGACGAUGCUCGUAGCGAGAUUCUUUGCUGGUCUUUCCGGAAGUGCUUUUCUGUCUGUCGCAGGAGGCACAGUGGGAGACUUAUUCAAUCGAGAACAACUUCAAGGUCCUAUGCUACUCUAUACAGCAUCGCCGUUCAUCGGUCCAUCAUUUGGUCCACUGAUCUCUGGAUUCAUUAACCAAUUUUCGUCAUGGCGUUGGACAUUCUACGUUCUGAUCAUCUGGUCAGCGUGCAACUUGACAUUGAUCUUUUCUCUCGUCCCAGAAACUUACCAUCCGGUUGUCUUGAAGGCCAAAGCUCGUAAGAUGCGAAAGGAGACUGGCGAUGAUCGUUGGUUUGCACCUAAUGAGAGACUCAACAAGUCUAUUCCAAAGACCAUUGGUAUUUCCCUACUCAGACCCGGUCAAUUGUUAAUCUUUGAGCCCAUGUGCCUCAGUCUUUGCAUAUUCUCGGCUAUCUUGCUCGGUAUCCUCUACUUAUUCUUUGGCGCCUUUCCUCUCGUCUUUGAGGGUAAACACGGAUUCCAACAAUAUCAAGUUGGAUUGACCUUCCUAGGCUUGUUCAUCGGGAUGCUAAUCGCAGCGGCUACUGACCCUUUCUGGCAUAAGAACUAUGUAAGACUGAUCAAUCAGCGAGAAGAAAUGACGGGCGAAAUUGGUGGGUCCGAACCUGAAUAUCGCCUACCUCCAGCUAUUCUAGGAGCUUGUCUCGUUCCUAUCGGCUUAUUUCUCUUUGCGUGGACAACAUAUUCAUCUGUUCAUUGGGUUUUCCCAAUCAUUGGAUCUGGUAUUUUCGGAAUGGGAACCAUUCUUGUCUUUACUGGCAUCUUUACAUUCCUGGUCGAUGCAUAUCCCUUGUAUGCAGCCAGCGCUCUAGCAGCGAAUAGUUUCAUGAGAAGUAGUUUCGGAGGUUAG